AAAAUAACAAGCACGCAACACCGCCAUUUAAAUGUUUUAAAAACUCGUGUGAUUUCCUUGUGUAUCACAAGUUUUGAAUAGUGAAAAGAGAUCUAGCAGCACGUCUGACCCUCAGCCUUCGUCCUUUAUAAGUCAACCUUUAAUAAGCAUCAUGGGAUCCAGUGAGAGCAAGUUAGCUGAGUCUGCACCAAUUAAACCAGAGUCAGCUAUCAAAAACAAUAGAAUCCUUCAACUGGAUCCACGCUCCCCUUCAACAGGAAUUGAUCGCACACCCAUUCAGGUUUCUGGGCCUGUGUCUAAAGCUGUUGCCGAAGUUAAAAGUGAGCGUCCACAGGCAUUCACCGAUCCCCGCUCACCAUCUGUCGGCAUCUCCCGCACACCUGCCAGAGACGUUAUGAGAGUGACAGUUGGAUCCUUUGCUCGCCGCCUGGGCAUGCUUUUCCAUAAUGAGGUUGAAGGCAGAGCCCCUGAAGCCCCUCAAAAGGGCUUCAGUGAUUCAGUGGAGGAAGAGGUGGAGAGUGAGGAGCUGGCUUCCACUGAGCCACUCUUGACCCCUAAGCCCUCCCUUGUCUUCAGCUCCCUGGCUGAACACGCUAACCUUCUUUCCACUCCUGAAAUCCCCACUCUCCAAAGUGCUGAUGUUUGCAGCCCCUUUGUGCAUCUCAAUGAGCCACAGGUGGAGGUAGAGGUAGAAACUGAGGCAGACUUUAGCCUAGAGGAGGCUGAAGAAGCAAAAGAGUCUCCUCUUCACAAGAGACUGAGCAUGAGCCUGAUAACUUGCCAUGAGGGAGCAACCUCAACCCAGGUCUUUGCUGAGGUGCACUGUGAUGGUGCAUUAUCUCCAGUGCAAUGUGGGGAAGUGGAGCCACCCAGUGAUGGUGUGGAUCACCUUUAUGCCCUUCCCUCGAUCACUGUUGAACCAGAGUCUCCUGCUGAGCCUCCUCUACCAACUGAAACAGAUGUCUGCCAAGCUAAAGUCUCCUCUGUUGAGUCAGAGAAGCAAGAAGAACAAAAGCCUUCUCCUGAGGAAAGAGAAGAAAUUGUUAAAGAGCCAACUGCUUCCAUCCCAGAGCAGCCACAGGUCUGCACCGGCAUCCGCUGCCCCACCUUUGACUCAAAGAGCCCGAGUCAGGCUGUGUUCAAGCCGCAGUGGUUGGGAAAAGGUUUUGGAGCCUCUGGGCUCAGAGCUAGAGGAGUGCAGCGGGGGAAAAGUGGCUCUUCUCCUCUUGCUGUCAGUGUGGCUGUGAAGAAUGUGUCCAAAGAAAACAAGAGGCUGUCUGGGAAACUGAAGCAGAAAGGUACUGAAGGCCGUUCCCCACUGCAGAUUCUAAAGACGACCAACUCACCCAGGAGUCAUCACCAGAUGAAGCUGAAGGUGUCUACUCCAGAUAAGCAGAGGCUUGGACAGGUAGACCGCAGAGUGCUGGCAGUGUGUUUGGAUAAGGAGAACAGAUGAUUCACUGUAACACUGUGUACAGGAAACUGACACUUUGUUUUUAUACCUGUGUCUAACAGGAUUUUAUAUGUACAGCUUUCUUAAACUCUGUUUGUUCUGUAUAUAUUACUUUAACAUCCACCUUGAGAAGGUUUCUGUCCUGUUUUAUUCUAUCUAGUCCUGUUCUUAUUUGUUCCUGUUGUAAAUAAAAAUAAACAUAUUUGGAUUCCUCCUUCA